CGAAACACAGCUUUCUCCUUUUUUCCAUGAGCAAAGAUUUCUCCCGGGCAGGGCCUGCCUCUCCAGAUCAGAGGCCACCCUUGGCUGGCUCCUAUCUUUUCUUUCACCUCCUAUGAGACCUGUGACAACUUGCUUCCUUCUUCAUUUCCCAUUGCCUAGUGCCCUAGGUGGUGCCCACUGCAGGGCGCCCACCCUCCAGGAAGAGGCACCCCCGGGCGGGCUCCUAGGCCUGGGCCGCGCACCCGAGCGUCUGGGCGACCCUGGCGGCGCGCCUGGCCCCGCACCCGACCCCCCCCCCAGCUUUCUCUUUUUUUAUUCCAAAAAUCCUCCUCUUCCGCCUCCCUUCCCCGCCUCCAGGUUUUUCCGCUUCCUCGAGGAAGCGAAUCAGACCGCGCAGGGCGUCGCGGAGCCCAGUGGUCUGCGGAGCGGGCAGUGAGCAGGGACAGGGCGCAGGAGCGGGGACCGAGCCAACACGGGCACAGAGCCUUCCCGCGGGGCCUUGCUGGGCUUUGCGGGCGCGCGGCGCUGAGUCCCGGGCUGCAGCUCGGCGGUUGUUCAGACGCUACAUCCUCAGGACUGACUGGAUUUCUUCAAGAUGUCAGAUCUAGUUCCCACAGUCCUGGAGCAGCCCACAGGUGAAAUGGAAACUCAAAUAAAAUCACCAGAUGCACAGCCUGAUGCUCCUCCUGACUACAAUUCUCAUUUUGUGGCAGGACCCUCUGGACCGGCUGUCCCUCCACCUGCAGGUUACCCAGGCAGAAUGCCUAUGGGAUACUACGGUCCACAGCUGCCCAGCGCCUUUCCCUUGUACCAACCAACUGGUAGUAUCCAUCCUAUCCAGUAUCAGCCUGGCAAAUAUCCUGGGCCCAGUCAGCUUGUUCCAGUUCCAUGGAUGCCACGGCCAUCACCCAUGCCAAACUGCCCUCUUGGCCUGGAAUACUUAAUUCAGCUGGACAACAUACACGUUCUUCAGCAUUUUGAGCCUAUUGAACAGAUGACACAUUUCGAAACCAAUAACAGAUAUGAUAUUAAAAACAGUGCAGACCAGAUGGUUUACAUCGUAAAUGAAGAUACCGAUGACUUUACCAGGAAUGCUUAUCGGACGCUAAGGCCCUUCGUCCUCAGGGUCAUUGACUUCAUGGGACGAGAGAUCAUGACGAUGCAGAGACCUUUCCGAUGCACCUGCUGCUGCUUCUGCUGCCCCUCAGCCAGGCAAGAGCUGGAGGUGCAGUGUCCUCCUGGAGCCACAAUUGGCUUUGUGGCAGAGCACUGGAACCUGUGCAGAGCCGUCUACAGCAUCCAGAAUGAGAAGAAAGAGAACGUGUUGAGAGUGCGCGGACCCUGCUCUACCUAUGGCUGUGGCUCCGACUCUGUUUUCGAGGUCCAGUCCCUGGACGGUGUGUCCAGCAUUGGCAGCAUUAUUCGUAAGUGGAAUGGUCUGUUGUCCAACAUGGGAGAUGCUGACCACUUUGACAUCCACUUCCCGUUGGACCUGGAUGUGAAGAUGAAAGCCAUGAUAUUUGGAGCUUGCUUCCUCAUUGACUUCAUGUACUUUGAAAGGUCUCCACCACAACGCUCAUCAAGAUAGAGAGACACAGCCAAUCAUCAAUUAUGGUUAAUGCAAAAAAAUGGAAAAAGCUGCCUUAGGCUUACAGUUAACCCUCAAUUAUUUGCAAGUAUAUGUCUCUGCUUUGCAGAUUCUUUGUAUUGGGGGUAAGCUUUGACAGCCAGACUGAGAGUGUGAGUCCAAGACCACAGUCAGAACAUGUGCUUCAGCUCAGAAUCUGUCUACCCGGUGGCCUGGGAAUUCCUUCUGAGAAGCAACAACCAUUUACCAAGGAAGCACAUACAAACAAGCUUUUUAAUGCUGUGGCCCUGGGAUGUGGGAACAUGAAUCCAGAGUUCCCAUACCUAUAGGUAGCGAAAUGACAGACUGCUGUUGGGACCUGGCUUCUAUCUCUAACCUUUUCCCCUUACUUCUCUCCAUUAAUAUGUCCUUUAGUAGGAGGCAAGCUUGAUUCCUGGGAAAAAUAAUUAUAUACUUCAUCUGUAAAGACCAAAGGGUAGACAGACAGAAAUAUUAGAUUGUAUUGUAAAAGGAAAUUUUUACUUGGGCACCAGUAUUCAAACCUCAUUCUGGCCAGGCACAGUGGUACAUGCCUGUAAUCCCAGUGGCUCAGGAGGCUGAGGCAGAGGAUCUUGAGUCCAAAGCCUGCCUAAGCAAUUCCGUGAGGCCCUAAGCAACUCAGCAAGACCCUGUCUCUAAAUAAAAUAUAAGCAAUAGCUGGGGAUGUGGCUCAGUGGUUGAAUGCCCCCCCUGGAUGCAAUGCCUGGUACCAAAAAUCCCCCCCAAAAC